UCAAUACGUCCGAGUAACCUAUAAACUAAACACAGCAGUGAUACAUUUUAAGAGAAGAUAUGCGUGAUUGAUUGAGUAGUCGUCUUACUACUCGUCUCUAAUUGAUUAAUAAUUUAUGCAUGGGGUGUUUCUGAAUUUAUAGUAAUUCUUUUGAUAAUAUAUUGUAACUUGUUGAGAUAAUUCAUUAAAAAUAGAAAAUAAAUAAAAUAAUUAAUGCGAUGGCUUAAACUAUUGACAAACAUUAUUGACUAAUUUCUGUUUUUGCAUCUGAUCAGUGUUAAAAAUCUUGUAUAUACAAGCAGAGAGUGUUGAGUAGAGAAGAAGUAUUCAGGAGCAUCGGCUCGAGAACAAACAUCUUGGUUUCUCCAGCGAUCCUCUCUAGCUUCUCUUCUUGUCUAGCUAGGCAAGGCAGCUUCCAUUUGCUUCCUUGUUUUCCAUAUACAUUUGGUUGUGUAGCUAGCCUCUAGCUUCUGUUUUCUUGUUUACUGCAAGAUAUCUUUGCCUUUGAGUGCUACAAGAAAAUUCUAAUGAAGACGGUCGGGAUAUCGGAAAAGUUAUGUCAGUUGGUAGGAAUAUCUCCACCGCAUCAUAGAGUUACUAGAAAAUAUGGAUCAAAUACAAUAAUACUAUCUGGUUCAAGGAGAAAAGGAUCAUCGGUUCUUUUCGGUUUUGGUUGCGUUCUUGGAGUUUCAAUCCUUAUAAUUACAACUAUCAUCCUUAUGUUCCCAAUUCUUUCACCAUCAAUUAUGAAUCCCAUGCUUCAGAAUAAUAUUAACAAAUUAUAUCAAAAAAUUUCACUUUCUCAUUCGUCUUAUGAUACCACCACCACCACCACUACUAUUACUAGUACUAGCUUUUCUUCAUCUUCUUUGGAUUCUUCACAAGACUUAUCGGAGGAUAACUCUUUGGAAGCGAAUCAAACGACAAUUCCUUCUUCCUUACAGGAGUCAUUGGAAAACUCUACUUCGGUUAUGGAGUCACUGGAGAACACUACCGCCACGGAUCAAACUGUAAUUCCUUGGAAUUCUUCUUCAGAGUUAAUGGAGAACUCUGCCGAAACAAUUCUAGCAGAAAGCAAUGGUACAAUUGCUAACUACUCGAGCGCCGCUAAAGUUGAAGAACUGGUGUCUACAAAAGCAGAGGAUCCAGUUGUCAGUAAUAUCUCUAAUAAUAAUGAAAUUAAAUUGUAUGAUGGUGAGAAGAAACAGGCAGAAGAAACUAGUGAUACUUCUUCUUCUUCUUCUCAAGGCCAUGAGUGCAAUAUUUUUGAAGGUGAAUGGGUAAAGCCGGUGAACAAUCGAGAACCUUUCUAUCCUCCUGGUACUUGUCCUUAUAUCGAACAAUCACCUUUCGAUUGUUACAAGAAUGGGAGACCAGAGGAUGCAUUUCUAAAAUUGCAGUGGGAAUGGCAAUCUCACACAACAAAUGCAGGAUGCAACACUAAUUUCCCAAGCAUGCUUAAUGCAACGGACUUCCUAGAGAGAUUAAGAAACAAAAAAGUGGCGUUUGCGGGAGAUUCUCUAAAUAGGAAUAUGUUUGAAUCUCUGAUGUGCAUCCUCUGGAAUGCCGUCCCGGAUAAAAGCCGAGUCCAUUGGGUCUCUGGGUACGCAGAUUACAAGAUUAGAGGAGAUAAAUCGUUGAGAUACGAGGACUAUAAUUGUACCGUAGGAUUUGUAUGGUCUCCUUAUUUAGUCAAAGAAACAAAUCCGAGGAAUCGAAGAAACGAGACGAAUAAGAAUGACCCAGAGAAAAUGAGACUAGAUAUGAUUGACGAUCACGCAGCAUCGUUCUACCGCGAUGCUGAUCUUGUAAUUUUUGAUUCAUGGCAUUGGUGGAUUAAUGAUAAAACUAAUAGCGGCGUAAACUAUUUUCAAGAAGGCGAUUACUUGUACCCGAAACUAGAUAUGAUUAAAGCGUAUAAGAAGGGUCUGACUACAUGGAGGAAAUGGAUGGACAAGAACAUUGAUCCUAACAGAACUCAAGUUGUUUUCAGAGGAUAUUCAGUUAACCAUUUCCUUGGAGGUAAAUGGAACACCGGUGGGAAAUGUAACAGAGAAUUAGAACCAAUCGCGAGUAACGAAACCUAUCGAGAAAAGAGUCCCCCAAAGGUGAAAAUACUGGAAGACACAAUUCGGAAAAUGAAGACUCCUGUUAUAUAUCUGAAUGUCACAAAGCAAACAUACUAUAGAACCGACGGACACCCUUCACUCUACCACAAAAAUUUCAAGACAUACGAAGAGAGGCUUGCAGCUGUGCUGAAUCACCAGGAUUGUAGUCAUUGGUGCUUACCAGGUAUCCCAGAUACAUGGAAUGAAUUGCUGUAUAUUUCUCUCUUGAGGGACGGUAAAGGAUCAUUUGCCCGGUGAUAGCAUCUUCUGUAGAAAGUAGCGGUGGUUAAAAUUCAAUUAUUUUUUCGUGCCAAAAGAAAGUGAUGAAAAAGAAGGUUUCAGUACAGACCCACUAUCUUGGAUGCACACUCCGGAAUAUAUUCCUUUUCACAGGUAAGCCAUUCAGCGAUCCUUCCUUCCCUUGUAAAUUGUAAGAUUUCAAGGUCAGUCCAGUUGAAUCCUAAUAAUGGGCAUCAGAGAAAGGGAAAAUGUUGUGUUAGGUCUGUUUCUCUGACCGUAGGUCCGUAGCCCAGUGCUCACUUUUUAACUGCUCCCCGGGGUACGUACCAUAUGGGAAGUUAUGUUUGUGGGUGGGCAAGUCUCAAAAGCAUGUAUGUAUGUUCAAGAGGAAAGCGUUAAAAAUGUGGCUAUUAUACGAUGGGUUUCCCUCCCAGUUGAUUCUUUCUCGGGUCAACUUACUUUGGUCUUUCAAGAAAAACAAACAGUAGUCUAUUGAGUGUUCCGAGUUAAUAUCGGAAGUCUUUGAGUUGACUGCUGCAAAGACUAGAUGCAGCUGACAAAUUUCGUGCACAUAAGUUUUGAGCUGUUGUUGUCUGUUUGGUAAAUUUUAUUGCUUGGUAGCUUUAUUACUUACUACAAUGAUAUCGGCAGUUAAGCUGUUU